UGUGCAUGAAAUUAGCACGGUUGAGUCACUGCAAUUUGAUUUCAGCAUUAUCAAAGCGGCAACGGAUAACUUCUCUGACUCCAGGAAGCUUGGACAAGGCGGUUUUGGUGCUGUCUACAUGGGUCAGCUCUCCAACGGACAAGAAAUCGCGGUGAAACGGUUAUCACAGAAUUCUAGCCAAGGGGAAGUUGAGUUCAAGAACGAGUUCAUGUUACUAGCCAAGCUACAACAUAGGAACUUGGUCAGGCUCCUAGGUUUCUGUCUGGAAGGAGUUGAACGGCUUCUCAUUUACGAGUUUGUGCCCAAUUCGAGCCUUGAUCAGUUCAUAUUUGAUCCCUUGAAGCGUGCAAAUCUCAACUGGGAUACGCGUCACAAGAUAAUAAUGGGCAUUGCCCGAGGGAUGCUUUAUCUACAUGAAGAAUCUCAACUUCGUAUCAUCCAUUGGGACCUCAAAGCCAGCAACGUUUUGUUAGACUCAAGAAUGAAUCCAAAGAUAUCAGAUUUUGGUAUGGCAAGGCUGUUCGAGUUGGAUCAAACUCGGGCCAAGACAAACCGAAUCGUGGGGACCUAUGGAUAUAUGGCGCCAGAGUAUGCGAUGCACGGAACUUUCUCAAUGAAGUCAGAUGUGUUCAGUUUUGGAGUGCUUGUUUUGGAGAUUGUGAGUGGUCAAAGGAACACUCUUUUCCGCAUGGGCGAUAACAUGGAAGUCCUUAUAAGCUAUAUAUGGAAGAAUUGGAGGGAAGGAUCAUUAUCAAACAUUAUCGAUCCCUCUAUAAUUUCUGGUUCAAGUAUUGAAAUUGCGAGGUGCAUCCACAUUGGUCUAUUAUGUGUCCAAGAAAAUAUGAUUAGCCGGCCAACAAUGGCCUCGGUCCUUCUCAUGCUUAACAGCCACUCGGUCACUCUCCAAGUGCCAUCGAGACCCACAUUCUACUUACACAGCAGCGUCGAAUCUGAUAUGCCAUCCAUGCAAGAUUACAAUUUAAGAGUGUCUGAGGUCGAGGAAUCAAGAAGAAAAUCGAACUAGUUCUCGAAAAAUGAGGCUUCUAUGACUGAGCUGUACCCACGGUAGCCUUAGAAAAUGGGAGAUCAGUGUGCCCUGCACAUUACUUUUUGUGUUUGUCAUGGUUUUCAGAUCAUCAAAUUACAUUAUCAUGAUUUACUUCUUC